AUGUCUCUCUGGCAAUCUUACCGGAACCUUUCGCCGCGCACACGCCUAAUGCUUGGCGGAGGCGUGAUGGCGUACGCGGUGUUUGGCCUUUUCAUCUCCGACAAAGCCGAAGAAGCGUUUGGCUUGACCCCAACGGAGGAAGACAAGAAAAGGCUUCGAGAGGCUGUGCCGAAGAUUCACAUCAUUGAGAAGGAGAGCAAGUGA